UUUCGUCUAGACUACAUCGCUAUACUGUCAUUAAUUGCAAGUGAAUUGAGAUUUACCGAGGGUCAGUUAUUAAGCGGAAGCGAGAAUAAUGAGACGACUAUACCUUUGAUUGGUUUCGUCAUACUUGCAAUACAGCUAGAUGAAUAACCCCCACUUUCAGGUGAAUGACUUCAAAUUGGCAAUUUUGACUAGCCCAGGGCCAUAUAGUCUUGAAGGUUCUCAACCAGCUUCCGAAAGGCUUCUGGAAACAACCAUCUUUGACAACUCAAAAUAACUACCUCAUACUACCAAACCACAAACAUGGCAACCUCAGCUCCCCCUCGGAAAAUCCUUUUCCUAACAAAUAGCGAGUAUGGCCAAAGUAACGUGGUAUUCGCAACCGCCUAUGAACUUAUCCUCAAUAACGUAGAAGUUCACAUCGCUUCCUUUGAAGCCCCCGCUAUUGCGAAAAAAGUUUCUGAUAUCAUCGAUUAUGGAAACUUCCGUUCUCCCAUUCGAACCCGCGUCGAUGAAUUGAAUGCUGGUGAUUAUGGCCCAAUCCCACGUGGUAGUAUCAAAGCAGUUUUUCAUCCGAUAGAUAGUCCGGGAAUGGUGGAGAAACUCGCGUUAGUGGCACCGGAUCAGGAAGCUAUGCGUCAUGGGGUCGGAUUUCGAGAGGCGUGGAGAAUCUAUGCGAAGAUUCCGAGUGUUUUAUCUUCUUACACUCCUGAUGAGUAUGUAAAGGGAGUUCAUUCUUCUGUUGAAAUUGUUGAGCAGGUUAAUCCGGAUGGGAUUGUGGUGGAAAAACUUUGUGCGCAGGGUUUUGAUGCUUGUGCUAUUUUGGGAAAGAAAACUUUGAGUAUUACGCCGAAUAGUUUUAAAGAUACUUUAGCUCAAGCUCAACCGAAUGGGUUUGCACUAUGGGGUAUAGCUGCUGAUUGUUCUGGCUACAACUUUCCACUUCCAUGGUAUCUAAUUCCAUUGAACAUAAUCCUCAUGAUUCGUCUCAUUAUCAUUGUCGUCACAUCUCCAAAUAUCAAAGCUAUCGAAGCUGGACGCAAAAAGGCAAACAUCCCCGGCCAAUAUCCAUUCUUUGUUCCAUACUCGAAAGAUGUUCAUUAUUUGCUUCCUACAGGACGAGAAUUUGAUCUCAAACUCCCACACAUUCCCGAGAAUGUAACGACCUGUGGACCCCUCACCAUACCCUCCUAUUCACUCUCUCAAACCGAUCCAGAACUCUUAGAGUGGUUAGAGAAAAAACCUACCAUCCUUAUCAAUCUCGGAUCACACGUUUACGGAAGCAAAGAAUUCAACCGCAACAUUGCCACCGGGAUCCGUAUUCUCCUCUCUAGAGACCCCUCCAUCCAAGUCCUCUGGAAGCUCAAGCCCACAACACCAGGACCCGAUCCCGUCAUUGCCGAAAUUCUUGCACCAAUUGUCUCGCAAGUAAAGCUGGUACCCUGGCUCAAAGCAGAACCAAUAUCUAUCCUUCGCUCAGGUCACAUCAUCGCGUCUGUUCAUCACGGCGGCGCAAAUUCAUAUUACGAGAGUGUUGAGACUGGAACUCCGCAAUUGCUAUUACCGUGUUGGUUUGAUACUUAUGAUUACACGGAGAAAGUGGAGUUUUUCGGUAUUGGUGUUUGGGGAAGUAAGGGCUGCGCACCUGGUGUUGAGGGAGAGGAAUUGGGAAAUGCCUUGAUUAAGGUUACGGAGGAUAAAUCUAUUAAACAGAAAGCAAAGGAAAUGGGAGAGUUGGUUAGUAAAAAGUAUGGCGGUCGAAGAGAUGCUGCGAGGAAGAUAUUGGAGUUAGUUGAGGGGGAAUUUGGUUUAAAGACGAAGUUGUGAUAUUUGGUGGGAAAUCAAUUCGAGGGGUUUGGAGAUUGGAAAGGAUAGAUGGAGGGAAGGGAACGAAGAUUUGAAUCGGAGAAUUUGUAGCUGCCAUGUUUGUGUUCGCGACGAAUGCUAUAAAUGGUACUUAUUACUAGAUGAUCCUCCACAUGAAAGCGGGUUCCUGAAGAGAUAUUUUGGAUUUUGGAUUUGAUUGUAAAAUAUUUAGGAUACCUUUGAAAGGAGAAAUUUGCAGAAAUACUCAUAUCCUUUCAUUCUACAAGCAAUGUACUUCUCUCUAUCCAUCGUUGCAGUGCAAGCCGCCACAGCCCAUCAAAAGUGUACAUCGUAUUCCCCGACCGUUAACCUCAUCAUACGAUGUCACCUCGUACAACACAAUACACAUCG